UUCGUUUAAUAAUUUCAUUAUCCAACUUUUUUUCCAACUUUGAAAUCCUUACACAUGUGCAGACUUCAAAGAUCUGGUGUAUUAUAGCAUUUCGCUUUUAAAAGUACUCUGCUUCGGGUACUGCUUACAAUGGAAAUGUACUCAGUUCAGCUUUGGUAGUCUUACCUCCUGUUCCAUUGCUACCGAGCACCAAACUUUUGAAGCUCUAUACAUCAUGGCCUCGCUCCAUCCGCCUGUGCCCUCUGCGAGGCUCAUCAGAUUCCUUCGCCUACAAUCGGAAAACCUGAGCUUGUUUGGCCCAAGUCAUGGAAAUGCUGCAAGCCUAGGACAGGCUACACAAAAGAUAUGCGCCGCUAAAAAGCAGCAGAGAGAUUCUUUGCGAGUGGGUUGCGCAAUAAAGCCCUCACCAGAUGCCUCGUUACAGGCUAGCUUCCUUGACUUGGAUUCUCUUAUUCGAUGUCGGCGCUAUGGCCCUUCGAAGAGCGCUCGUCAAAAGAGUCUCCCAUAUUUCGCACAAAAUAUGGGUGUGCGAUACAGCUCCUCGGACAAGCCGCCGACCCCGACACAGUCGCCGCCUACUCCGACACAACCAGAACAACUACCUGCUCCAGCAAAGCCGAUCGCUGCGAAGAAAAGCUUGACAUGGAGAGAGAUAUUAUGGGGCUGCGGAGCGAAGAAGAAGGGCAAGCCCUUAGAACCCAAUGACCUUCCCGAUGUCGAAGGAGGCGAGAACAAUUCCAUGUUCAGCUCACGGCGACAGCUUAGCCAAAAAGCCGCGUUGGAACCUAGACUACGCUGCACGGAGGUCGACGAGCACGGUAAUGUAAUAUUGGUCGACGGCGAAUUCAAGAAGAGCGAGCUCAUCGCAAGGUUUGGCCUUCUGCCUCGCGAUUUACGCAAGAUCGAUUCGUCCAAUCUCCCGCACAUUCUCGUUCGGCCGACCGCCAUCCUGAUCAACCUUCUACACCUCAAAGUGCUUAUUAAGUACAACCGUGUUUUACUAUUUGAUGUAUACGGUUCCAAAGCUUCUUACCCACAAUCGGCUUUCAUGUACGACCUACAGGGCAAGCUUCAGCAAAAGUCAACACAGGGUACUGGUGGUUUGCCAUACGAAUUCCGCGCUCUAGAAGCUGUCCUCCAGUCCGCAACUCAAGAGCUAGAAGCAGACUUCGAGGCAGUGCGUGAUCCGGUGAUCCGCAUCUUGAGUGAGCUCGAGGACGAUAUAGAUCGACAUAAGCUCCGAAUUCUUCUUGUCCUGUCCAAGCGUGUGAGCACCUUUGAGCAAAAAGCUAAGCUCGUCCGUGACGCCAUUGAGGAGCUUCUUGAAGCUGAUGAUGAUCUGGCGUCCAUGUACCUGAGCGAGAAAACCCGCAAUAUCGAACGUGAGCUUGAUGACCAUACCGAAGUCGAAAUGCUGUUGGAAUCGUAUCAUAAACUUUGCGACGAAAUCGUCCAGGAAGCGCAGAAUUUGGUAUCGGGCAUUCGGAAUACCGAAGAAAUUAUUCGCGCAAUCCUAGAUGCCAACCGCAAUUCCCUUAUGCUCUUAGACUUGAAGUUCAGCGUCGGAACCCUAGGUUUAGCCAUGGGUACAUUCAUCGCUGGAUUGUACGGUAUGAAUCUGGAGAACUUUAUCGAAGAAACACACUGGGGCUUCACUGCUGUCACGGGCGUCUCCAUUAUUUUCUCGCUCCUAGUAUGCAAAUACGGUCUGGCCAAGCUCAGAAAGGUCCAGCGCGUCAAGAUGCAGGGCGACGAGCAUAAAAGCCUGGAGAAUGAGUAUCACUGGUUCCACGAUGAAGGCAAUGUUGGACUCCUGGAUCCUCGAAAUCGCGAGAAGCUAAGACGGCUUAACCUACAAAAGUCGUUCAAGGCUGACAAUAACAAGAAGAAGUGGUGGUGAUUGACGGUUAUCAAG